AUGGCGGCGCGUAUAGUGGCGUCGCAGGGGCGGUGCCACCAGGGGCGCGAGGCGGAGGUGGUUGCGCGCAUCCAGCAGCUGGCGGAAGACGUUGACUUGGAGCCCUUCCCCUUCCCUUCCGCCCUUGUCCCCCUCCCUUCCGCCCCGCAGCAUAAGUUAUUUUCUCCCUCCGCCUUCUCCCCUUUCUCCGCCGGCCCGCUCCCCGCAUUACUCCCUGCCCACGAGCCCUCCCCUUCCUCUUCCCCCUCCUCCCUCCUCCCCCAACCCCUCACUCCCGCGCAAGGCCCCGCCGCUGCGCCGUACUCCUUCGCGCACCCCUUCUCCCCCUCCCCCUUCUCCGCUUCCGCGCUUUCCCCUUCCCCCUCGAAGGAAGCUUCCAAGCAACCUCCACCCUAUUACCAGCACCCCGAAGUCGCAGUGAUGGGGGGAGGGGCGGUGGCGGAGGGGGAAGACUCGGACGGGGACAGCCCCACGAGCGGACAGGUCGGGCAGAAUGACUGGGCGGUGGGCAGGCCGCCGGUCAGGAGAAAAAUAUUUGGGCAAGAGUCGGAGAGCGAGCAAGAGAGUGAGGAAGGAAGUGAGAAAGAGAGUGAUGAGGAGAGUGAGGGAGAGUGUGAGGAAAAGAGCGGGGGAGAGAGCGAUGGGUAUACGGGGAAGGACAGCAGGGGACAGGAGGGAGAGGGGGAGGGCGAGAGUGCGGGUGCGGGAGCUAGUGCCACUGACCAGGGCAAGUGUGAGGCGCCUGCGAAGCAUGCUACUGCUGCUGCUCUGGGUGGUGGGGAGGGAACACCUCUGGCCGAGCCUGCACACGCCUCUCCAAGCCAGCUCCCCUCAGUUCCACCGCCCUCAGAUGAGCCCUCCUCAGCUCACCCCGCGUCAGCUGAUCUCCUUCCCCAGUCCCCACCUGACUCGCUUCCCUCCCCUCCCAUUCCCCCGGUUGAAGCCUCUCCGAUACACUCACACCAGCCUCUACCAGACCAGGCUGUGCCGAACCUGGCUGCCGAACCUGACUCGCAGGCUGACCAGCAGGGCGCACAGCAGGUCCGGAGCCAGCCGAACCAGAGCUGGGCUCUCCAGCCAAUCAACCAGGUUCGGGCUUUAACUUGUGUGGCUACUAAUGGCGCUAAAGCCAUUGAGGGCGUGGUGGGGAGGGUUGCCCGCCUCUCCUCCUUCCUCCUCCACCCCGUGACUCUCAGCCUGGGCGGCCUUGUCGGUGUCUCCCUUGGGAUUGCCGCCGCCACGUCAGCAAGAAAAGGGAGAGGGGGAGGGCAUUGGGGCGUGGUGAGGAGAGGGGUGUUGGGUGCGCUGCCGAGGCCGGGUGCUGAGACUGCUGUUGCUUGGAGGGAGGAGGAGAGGGAGAGGGAGAAGGAGAGCGAGAGAAAGAGGGAGGAAGCGAGGGAGGUUGAGGCGUGGGGUUUGGACGAGAGGCCGUGGGCAGCAGAGGGGGAUUGGGGAGAGGCUGAUGGGUCGUUCGGGGUCAGGGGAUUCGGGGAAGAGGAUGGCUAUGGGAGGGUUGGGGAGGCGGAGGAAGAGGAGGAACAAUCAGAACCGGAAGAGGAAGAGGACGAGGAAGAGGAGGGUGGUGAGUGGGGCGUGAGUGGUGGUUCAGUGGAGGGUGAAGGGAGGAGCGAGGGGGAACGGGCGCAGGAGCGGGGCGGGGGUCUCCUGGCGUUCUUGCAGGGGGAAAUGCGGCGACUCAAGGGGCAAUCACACGAGGCAGGUGGGGUGGUGGGAAGAGCAGGAAGCGAGGAGAAGGAACCGAGGGGUGGGGCAGCAUGGGGGGCAGGGCAGGCAGGGGCGUAUGCUGCUGCAGUGCUGGAGCGGUUAAGGGAGGAGGUGCGCGUGAGGGAAGCAGAGCUGGCGAGAGUGAAGGCGCGGGGGGAGGAGCUUGAGCGAGUGAGAAUGCGAGAGCUGCAGCUGCUGCAGGGGCCGUGGGGAGUGGUUGGGGCGGCAGAUGCGAGGGAGGCAGGGGAGGCGGGAGGGGAGGAGAGAGGGGAGGAGACAGGGGAGGUGGGAGGGGAGAAGAGAGGGGAGACAGGAGAGGAAGGAGGGGAAGGGAAAGGGGAGGUGAGAAAGGAGGGGGCAGGAGGGGGGUUUGGAGUGCAUGUGGACGAUCCGCUGCUGGCUGCUGUUCUCCGAGACCUCUCCGUGCACCCCACUGAUUCUACCAAUCAUGCUGCUGCUGCUGGUUCUGGUGGUGCUGCUGCUGCUGGUGCUGGUGCUGCUGCUGGUGGCGAUGAUGAUGUGGGCAUCACUCCCCUGCCGCGGUUGAACAUCAGCAAGCUGCAGGGCGAGUGGGACCACCAGCAGGAGCAGCAGCGGCGGAAGCAGCUUCCUCACGGCGCGUUUGAGCGCGAGUGGGAUGGGAUGAGCAGCCUCAGCAAGCCGGGCCCGGAUGCAUGUGCUUCUGCUGCCGGUGGUGCUGGUCUUGCUGCUGGUGGGGCUGGUGGGGGUGACUUCAGGGACUGUGGAAGAUUCUUGGAAGCAGCACAGGGCUGGCUGGAGAAGGUCCAAGAAGGGAGGUCCCAGAUUGACAGUCAGAUGCUGAAAGCGGGCGGCACGCUGCAAAAGGCGGGCGGCACACUGCACAAGGCAGGUGCGGCAUUACUUGAUGCGCCUCGGAACACCAUCCAUGCCGCAGGCCAGGCGCUUCCGAACGUGAUCCCGAGCCUGCUGCCGUGCGUCGCUCGCAAGUACGAGAGGCUGAAGAGGCGCGGAUGGGUGGGGGUGCUGCGAGGAGGGGGGAGCGGCAACGAGGGCAGGAAUGGGGAGCAGGGCGGGUGCAAGGAUGAAAGGGAUGAAAGGAAUGGUCCACAGCAGGCACGACAUGGGGUGAAUGGGACACCUGGUGUACUGGUGGUCCCGGGUGUUCCAGUAGGGGGGUCAGGGCAUGGAGGAGAGGAUGGUUUCUGGACAGAUCUGGCGGAGAAGGCGCGGCAGUUGAGCAUUGGACGGAAGAGGGGGAGGGUGUGA